GAAAACGUUCCAACGAUUUAACGAAUUUCGAAACUACAAAUCUUCUACCGCCCCAACAUCAACAACAGUAUAUCGCACCCGCAUAUCAUCAGCUGCCUGCCGAUUUAUCUGCCGAAAAUAUACAAAAAGAGGCUGCCCUAGUAUUAGCCCAAGCGAAGCGCCAUAAAAGUAUUGCCGAGAAUGGUGAUAAUAUCCCAACUUUUCGGGUAAAGACAAAACGUUCUGGAGGAGAUUCAUCCAGCGCGAAUCCGAAAAAAUUCCAUUCCUUGCCGUCACGAAAGAAAAAACCACCCAGCAAACCGGUUAGUCGAAGUAACAGUGACGCAGCUGGUAAGAAACCGCCCAAGAGACCCUCCAUCUUCAGUUUGUUUAGUCGUAAAAGUGAUACGAACAUCAAUCAAGGGGAGAGGGAUCCACGCUUUGAAGAUAGUGGUGGUCGACGUUUGGUACGCAGUAAAAGUGAUGUGGGUUCUUCGUCAUAUAAAUUAAAAAAGGUGUUAAAAGAACCCAAAUCCGCCUUAUCUGCAGGGUCCAAUAAACAUUUACCCACCCAAUUGAGUCCGAUUAUAGAAAACGAUUCCAAGGAGGAUUAUUUCGAAGAAGAUUUCACCAAGCACACUCGAGAACGCCGUAAAUCGGAAGCCAUUACCGAUAAGGAAAAACAUGAAAGUGCCAUUAACGAGCUGUUAGGACGCAGUCAUUCCCAGGCUGAAGUAGACGGUGGAGGUCUGGUUGGACGUAUACCCGUAUCAGACGUAAUUAAAGAGAAAAUUCUAAGCCUACAGGCCAAGUCACAAGAAAACAUGCAUAGCUCCCAGUUGCCGGCCCAAAAAUUGCCGCUGACCAAAGGUCAUACGGUAAACGGGAUGGUAAAACGUCUAUCGAUGGAAAGAUUUUCACCACCCCCCACCAUUACGGGUCCAGCAUUUUCUUAUAUUCGCCCCAAUGAGGGUAUAACCUAUGCCCAAUUGGAACUGCAGGAUGAACCACAAUCACGCAGUACAUUGCCAAGACGAGAAUACACCCGAUCUCCCGUAAGAGAAUAUCGUUCUCCGGUACGUGAAAUGCGUUCGCCAUCGCGGGAUAUUUUCACCCCCGAUCGUGAAUUGGUCAGCACCACUGUGGUAAAUCGCAGCAGCCUUAACAAAUCGGAGGAUCAAACCGAUUUCAUUGGAACUAGUCAACGUAACAAUUACUCGCCAAGUUAUAAUACCAAUAAUGGUACCACCACGAUCCACAUUGGGGGUUCAUUUUCCCCUUCACCCUGGCAAAUGUUGUCACCACGCAAUCUAAGUGAUGAGGAUGAAGGUUUGGGUUUGGAGACCCGUAAAUACUACGAUGAAGAUCUAACGCAAACCAAACGUUGUAAGUCGCCAGCAGAACCACCAAUUGUUCCGAAAAUACGCAGCAUAACCCCGCCCAGGGAGAAUGGUUAUCACGCUACGGAUCGAUAUCACACACCCAACCGAGAUGUAAAUCCCAAUGAUGAUAUGGGUUAUCGGCGAGCUCGGCUGGAAUCGCGUAUUCUUACUCGGAGAUUUAGGGAUUCGGGAACCCUGGAACGUAAUGGGUACUCCCGGGAAAAUUCUCAUGAGAGAGUACUCGACGAACGCGAUCGUGAUUACCACACCAAACGUUAUCUAAGUCCGGAGAGGGAAAUCCCACGUGAUUCCCAUGAACCAAUGAGAUAUCACAAACCUGAAGUUAAAGAAAUUCUCAAUAAAUAUUCUCCCGAAAGAAGUCACCUGGAUAUAAUUUCACCCUCAACAGCGGCUCCCACCACGGCCACCACCAUGGAGAAGACAUCACGUUACAAACAUACCAAAUACUAUGAUGAUGGUCAUGGUGGGGUGAAGGAGGUCUAUGAGCGGGAGACUCAAUUCGAUCCGGAUGGUAAGCCUCAUGUAAGGGAAACACGUCAUCGGGAACGUUUGGAUUCCUCUCUAAUGGAACGUCAGCUCAUCACGGAUUAUGAACCGAAGUCAUUCGAUUCACAAUUUACAACAACCGAUCAAUAUCGUUCGUCACCGGAAAAUAUGAAACGUUAUGAUUUAAAUUCGGAUAGGGGCGUAAAUACUGGUCGGCUGAGUAGUGAGGAUCGUUGGCACAGCAGCUUGAAGCGGGAUAAGUUGCAGCAAAGGAGCUUCGACAAAGGGGAUUCGGGUAUUGAAAAUGAUUUCCGCAAGGAGUCCUUUAAUGGAGAUUUGGUGACAAGAUGGCGCAAACCCACCCCCGAUGAAAGCAUCCAAUCCUGUGAAAGUUUCCUGAAAAAAGAACGUCGCUACUGCGAACAUGAACGUCAGCCAAGACGUUCCGAAAAUUAUGUCUAUCGUGAGCGUUCGAUUGAUGAUGGCUCCCAUUUCGAUCCCCACUUGGAUAAAUAUCCACAGAGUAGUGCCACCUUAAAACGACGCGAUCAACAGUCACAAACAAAUCUGCUGGAUCAAGAGAAAACGAGUACCUCAACCCUAAAGCGAUCCAAAAAAUUGGGUGGCUUUGAGAAGGUGAAGCAAUUGUUCACUGGUGGCA